AUUUACUAUUUAUCACUUAUUGCUUAUUAUUUAUUAUUUAUUUUUAACAUUGUCAUUAUUGUUAUAUUAUUAUUAUUAUUAUUAUUAUUAUUAUUACCAUUGUUAUUAUUACCACUAUCGCUAUUACUGAUACUGUUAUCGUUAUUCUUACUUCAUAUGUUAUGA